AUGCAUUUGAAAUCCGAACGAGAACAAGAACGAGAGCUGGCGCACAUUUUGCUUGUAGAGCUGUUAGCGCAUCAGUUCACAUAUCCGGUGAGAUGGAUCGAGACACAAAAUGUUAUCCUCGGGGAGAUCGAGGCCGAAAGGAUUGUGGAAGUUGGCCCAAAAAACACUCUAACCAACAUGAUGAAAAAAACUUGGAAUCAGCGAUACAUCGUUUCGGAUGAAGUGAAAGGCCUCCGCCGGAAAAUUUUGGGUCUCGAAGAAGACCUUCCGGAGAUCUACUAUCAGUCGGUUGUGGAUGAGGAAGAGACACUUGAUGAAGAUGAUAAGAACACGCCCAUAGGAAGUGCUGAGAGACCGCCACAGAAAUCUCAAUAUGAGACACCUCCCAUCCAUCCGCUAAGAGAUUCGGAUGCAGAAGAAAACAGGCCUAUGACACAGGUGCCAAGGCUAGAAGAUAUACCGUUGCCGGUUUCUGCGGUUGUUCUUGCGAUUAUAGCUACGAAGCUUAAGAAAUCCUCUGACCAGAUUGAAACGACAAAAUCGAUAAACCAGCUUGCAGGGCGUUCGACCCUCUCCAACGAGAUUAUUGGCGACCUCCAUGCAGAGUUUGCAAACCAACUGCCCGACCGUGUCGAGGAACUACAAUUAGUCGAACUACUUGAGGCGCUUCGCAAUGCUCAUACAGGAACACUUGGGAAAAAGACCUCAGCUCUGGUGGCUAGUUUUGUUUCAUCAAAGCUGCCAGGAAGUCUCAGCCAUUCGAAAAUCCGUGACCACUUACAACACCGAUGGGGGCUGGGGCCGAUGCGUCAAGACGCAGUACUUCUGUUCGCGGUCACAAAACAGCUCGGCUCAAGACUCUCUUCCGAGGCAACUGCAAGAAAGUUCUUUGACGAUAUUACCGAGGCAUAUUUCAAACAGGAAGGACUAUCAGUUCCUCACCAAACAUCAUCACCACUUGGCGAUCAGAACGUCAAGGUCGACGCGAAGGCUUUGGAGCUUCUUGACAAGAGGGGGAAUGCGCUGUUGCGCGAUAUUAGCGAAGUCUUGAUUAGACAUAUUCCUAAAGGCAAGGAUAUCGCCAAAGAUAGGACAGGAGUCGAGUGUGCAAAAGACCUGGAUGAGCUUGACAUGUGGCGUAACGAGCAUGGAGACGAAUAUGCUGAAGGUAUCAGGCCACUCUUCGAUUUGAAGAAGCAGCGACUCUACGACUCUUUUUGGAACUGGUCUUGCCGCGAUGUCAUGUUAUUGUUCAGUCUGGCCAAGGAACCCAGUUCGCAAAACGCAAAGUUGAUUGAACAGCUUUCAACUUCCAUCAUUAACCGAUCUUGCGAGCGCUCUAUCGCACAGAUCCAGUAUCUUUACUCGAAAACCCAGGGCGAGAAGACCAACCUGGGUAGAAUCAUGAGACUCUGUCUUCACGGGAGCGUUUCUUCCAAGAGCCGAGAUCCCAAGUUCAUCGAUGACUCGGUCGAUCUGGCCCCCUUCACGACGGUUGACAUUGACGGCAACCUUAAGUUCUCUGAGGUACCGCGAUCGGCACCCUUUAAGGCUCGCAAUUCGUCCGAUACGAACGCACCAUAUCCGAUUAGUACAUAUAAUAAUGGAACCUCAACCAUAUCAGAGAAGCUCAGCUCAGCGUAUAUCGAAGAUCUGGAUACGGCGCGCCAUCGUGGGCUCACUUUCCGAGGCCGGAAUGUGUUGUUGACUGGCGCUGGCCGGAAUUCGAUCGGGUUCAGAUUGUUGAGAUUAUUACUUGAAGGAGGCGCUAGAGUCACCGUCACCACCAGUAGCUUCUCUCCUGAAAUCACAAAUAUGUAUCAGGCCCUCUAUUCCCGGUGCGGUGCCAAAGGAUCAGUUCUAAGGGUUGUGCCAUUCAAUCAAGGCAGCCGAAGAGAUGUUGAAGAGCUUUCAAGGAUUAUGGUUGAUGAUUGGGAUCUUGACUUCAUCAUUCCGUUCGCAGCUAUAUCCGAGAACGGCCGAGAGCUCGAAGAGUUGGAUUCGAAGUCAGAAUUCGCACAUCGACUGAUGCUUACCAACCUUUUGAGGCUGAUCGGUACUAUUGCAAGGAACAAACGGUCUAAAGGAGUCGCUCAUAGACCAGCUACAGUUCUUCUCCCAUUGUCUCCCAAUAAUGGUUCUCUGGGAAAUGACGGCUUGUAUGCGGAGUCAAAAAGGGGCCUGGAGCCCCUGCUCUCUAAAUGGAAGUCCGAGACCUGGCACGACUACCUCUCCAUCAUAGGUGUCGUUAUUGGCUGGACCAGAGGAACAGGGCUGAUGGAUGAAAAUGAUAUGGUUGCCCAAGGUGUUGAGGAGAUGGGAGUUCGAACGUUCUCCCGAGACCAAAUGGCUGCUUUCCUAGCCACUCUCCUGGGUGGCAGAAUAAAUAUGGCCUGUCAAUCUAUCCCGCUUAUUGUCGACUUGAGCGGUGGAAUGAGCGAGGUGAUUGGGCUAAAAGACAAGCUUGGGCAAAUACGUCGACGCCUUCAGGUUGAAGCAGAUUGUCGACGAGCCAUCCGAGACGAAGAGCGAAGAGAGGCAAUCUUGCUCGGUGACAGGGUUGAGAGCCAAGAACCCAAGGUGUUGUUGCCAAGAGCGAAUCUACGCGUACAAUUACCCAGGCUUCCGGAUUGGGAUCAAGAGCUAGCUUCGCUGGCAAAUAACUUGGAGGGCAUGGUCGAUCUGGACCGAGUAGUGGUUAUCACAGGGUUCUCGGAACUUGGACCUUACGGCAGCAGCAGGACGCGAUGGGACAUUGAGGCCAAUGGCACUCUGUUCUUGGAAGGUUGCAUCGAGAUGGCCUGGAUGAUGGGGCUCAUAAAGUACAGCACAAAUGCUAUGAAAGACGGCGAAACCUGGGCCGGCUGGGUCGAUGCGACAACCCUCGCCCCUGUCGAGGAGAGCGAGAUCUUGUCUCGAUACAUGGGCUCCAUUCUCGAGCAUACGGGUAUCCGAAAAAUCGAGCCAAAGAUUUGCGAUAAUAACUAUGAUCCGGAGAGGAAGAUGGCCGUGCAAGAGAUAGAGCUUACUCAAGAUUUACCGCCAUUCGAGGCGACUCCUGAAAUGGCCCGGCAUUUUGAACUGCAGCAUGGUGCGAAAGCAUCUAUCAGUAACAUGGAGGAGUCUGGCGUCUGUACAGUUCAACUCAAGGCCGGCGCCAGGAUCCUUCUACCCAACGCCAGCCAAUUCAAUCGUACGGUUGCUGGCCAGAUACCCACCGGAUGGUCCGCGAAACGGUAUGGGAUCGAUGACGAUAUCAUUGAGCAGGUUGACCCUGUCACGUUGUUCGCCUUAGUCUGCACCGUUGAAGCUCUACUAUCGUCCGGCAUUACCGACCCCUACGAGCUGUAUGAACACAUCCACUUUUCCAAGGUUGGCAUUUGCAUUGGGUCUAGUCUGGGCGGACUUUCUUCCUUGAGGCAAAUGCAUCGCGAUCGAUUCCUUGGAAAAACAGUCCAGGGAGACAUUCUCCAGGAAACAUUCAUCAACACAACGGGCGCUUGGGUUAACAUGCUCCUCACAUCCUCAUCCGGACCUAUCAAAACCCCCGUAGGCGCCUGCGCUACAUCCCUGGAAUCCCUCGAUACCGCAUACGAUCUCAUCGUUGCUGGCAAGGCCAAAGUCUGCCUUGUUGGCGGCGUUGAGGACUUCGUUGAGGACGUGUCCUACGAGUUUGGAAGUAUGAAUGCCACCUGCGACACAGAAAAGGAAUUCGCGGCUGGGAGAAGUCCUGCCGAGAUGUCAAGGCCUAUGGCAUCAUCUCGAAGCGGAUUCGUAGAGUCACAAGGAUGCGGAAUCCAGGUGCUUACGACCGCCCAACUUGCUCUGGAGAUGGGUCUCCCAAUCUUUGGAGUGGUGGCCUAUACAAGCAUGGCAGCAGAUAAAGUCGGCCGCUCUGUUCCAGCACCUGGCAGAGGCAUCCUGACGAAUGCCCGAGAGUCAACUCAAGGGCGGACGUAUGCCGCACAAUCGCCUCUGCUCGACAUAGGAUAUCGACGAAGAUUGCUCAAAAUGAGAAUCCAACAAGUCAACAACAACUUCGAGACCAACGUAGAUCUCAUGGAGCACGAAAUCCGCUACUUGAAAGCAAUGGAAACCGAAGGCUUUGAUGAGGACCGGUACCGCCGCGACUGCACUAAUGUCUUCGAAGAAGACGCAAAGAAGCAUGAGGCGAACUUGCGAUUCAGCUUGGGUAACGAGUUCUGGAGGAACGAGGAUCAAAUCUCACCCAUCCGAGGCAGUCUGGCUACUUGGGGUUUAGGUAUCGACGAUCUGAGUGUCGCAUCUAUGCAUGGCACGUCCACAGUGCAGAACGAUCUGAACGAGUCAUCGGUACUCCAUAACCAGAUGAAGUUUCUUGGGAGACAAGACGGAAACCUGCUUCCCUGCGUUUGCCAGAAAUGGCUGACCGGUCAUUCAAAAGGAGCUGCAGGGGCCUGGAUGCUGAACAGUGCCCUUCAGAUGAUGGACUCUGGCAUGAUACCAGGCAAUCGUAAUGCGGACAACAUCGACCCGGAACUACGCCAGUACAGCACCUUGCACUUCCCAAACAUAACAGUAAAGAAUGGUGAUGUCAACGCUUGCACAGUCACCUCGUUCGGGUUCGGACAAAAAGGGUCUCAAGCCAUUCUGGUUCAUCCGAAAUAUCUCUUCGCAACGAUCACCAGAGAAACUUAUGACAAAUACGUUCCAAAGAGGAAUAAACGAUGGCAAAAGUCAAACAGCUACUUUAGCCAUGGAAUUUCCCACGAGUGUCUUGUCAAGAUCAAGACUUCACCACCAUACAAUGGUUCCGACGAAUCCGCUGCACUGCUUGAUCCGACGGCUCGCUUCUCGAAACGUUGACGUUUGGCCCCCGACUCGACACUCCAAUUUGGACUCUAGGUGAAAUCUGCUCAUGAGAGCUACUGGAAUGGAAUAUGGCGAAC